AUGGAUCUGCUCCAGAAGCUCUCCUCGGCAAUCGGCAUCCCGGAGAAGAUCGGCGGCGCGAUUCUGGACAAGCUCUGGUCCAGGGGGGCCCGCCUGCUGGACGUCGAGGAGGAGGCCCAGAAGCUCCGGCACGCCAAGGACCACAUACGCGCGGUGCUCAACGACGCCGAGCAGCGCCGAUUCAUCGUCGACGACCAUGUCAAGCUCUGGCUCCAGGAGCUCAGGGCCACCGCAUUCGACGUCGACACCCUGCUGGACCGCCUGAACACCAUCACGGCCGUGUCCAGGCUGGGUGCCGCGGAGCUGUCGCGGAAGCGGAAGCGGCUCUGGCCCAACAUCGAGCUCGGCCUGCGGCAGCGCUGGGAGCUGGAUGCCUGGAUCUCCAAGAUCAAUGAGCGUCUCGAGGAGAUCCACAAGUUGAAGAAAAGUUUCCGGUUGCAGGUCGGGGACGGAAGGAGGACGGCUCAGCCGAUGCAGGAGAGCCGAAGGUUUGUUGAAGCUGCUGCACAUCUCGACGAGAGACCCAUAGGCCGUGCCGCGGAGAAGGAGAAGAUCAUCCGUGCUCUGCUCGCCGCCAGUGGCAUGGACCUUCCUGUGAUUUCCAUCUGGGGCAUUGCAGGGAUCGGGAAGACAGCACUGGCGCGGUUGGUCUAUGGCGAUCAGGAGAUACUUAGAGUCUAUGCUUUCUCAGGGAUAAUUAGCAGAGAUCAGCAUGAUUUGGAGCUGCUUGUGAGGAGGAUCGCCGAAAAAUGCCUUGGCUCUCCAUUAGCAGCCAAGUCUAUUGGGAAACACAGAUACUAUUGUGGCAACUUUGCAAAUAAGUUAUCAACAUUUGCCAUACCAUCUCAAACAGUGUUUGCCUUUUGUUCAAUGUUUCCUGUUGGUUAUGAAUUUGAGAAGGAUGAGGUGGUCCAACUCUGGAUUGCAGAUGGUCUUGUUAACAGCAAUGGGAGAAGACCAGCUGAGAUGGUAGCAGGCAGAGCUGACCAUCCUGGGUGGAUUCGUUAUGUAACUGUCAUGUGCCCAAAAGAUGAGCCUCUUGUAUUUGACAGCAUUCAGCGCUAUGAAAAAAUGAGGCUCUUGAAGUUAUGCCCUGCAAUGAAACUUCCCUCAAAGCAGGUUCCAUCAGCACUAUUCUCAAAGUUAACUUGUCUACAUGCUCUUGAUCUGAGUUAUACUGAGCUACGUGUCUUGCCAGAUUCUAUUGGGUCAUCAAUACACCUCAGAUACCUCAGCCUUCGGAAUACUUUGAUAGAGGCUCUUCCAGAAACAAUUUGCAACCAAUUCAAUUUGCAGACACUCGACCUUGGGGACUGCUACUGGCUUAUGGAUUUACCUCAAGGUAUGAGCCACUUAGUUAACAUGCGGCACCUCUGUUUACAUCUUCAUUGGGAUAGAGUUACUGCUUUUAGAUCAAUGCCAAGUGGCAUUGACAAGUUGCAGUCACUUCGGACUCUUUCAAGAUUUGUUGUAGCCGCCCGAGAUGGAGCAAAGUGUAACCUCAAUGAGUUGAAAAACUUGAACAUCCGUGGAGAGCUCUGCAUUCUUAAAUUGGAAGCUGCCGCUCAUGAUGUUGCCAUGGAGGCCAAUUUGAGUGGAAAGGAGCAUAUGCACAAACUGAUGCUGGGAUGGAGUGCUGACACCUGCACGCAGCAGGUAUACAUAGAGGAGAGUGAGAGUCAUUGA